GCAUUUCUGCAAUCCAUAGUGAGAUAAGCGAAAUUUGAGAAGAAGGAUAAAAGAGCUUCCAGGUUCCUUUCCGUCUGCGGCGCCGGCGGGCAGAACAGAACGGCAAGGGUUCACAAGAGAAGCUAAGCUUACAGUAAUGGCGACCUCUGUAACUGCGCCGAAGCUGUCUAUCUUCUCUUCUUCCUCGACCUUCCACAACCUUCGCAACAAGCUACCGGUGGUGGUGUCUCUCUCCUCUCCUUUUCUCCCUCUUAAUUCUUUUCCUCAGCUUCUAUCUCCUCGCCGUCCUUAUUCCUCUCAUCCUCGUCUUUUCUCCGUACGAGCUGAGCUAGACAACGGAACAGAGUCUCGUAAAUACGACUUUGAUCUCUUCACUAUCGGCGCAGGAAGCGGCGGCGUCAGAGCUGCUCGUUUCGCCUCUAAUUUCGGCGCUUCAGUUGCCGUUUGCGAACUUCCAUUCUCCAACAUAUCUUCGGAUACUACUGGAGGAGUAGGUGGAACGUGUGUUCUUCGUGGAUGUGUUCCCAAGAAAUUACUAGUGUAUGCAUCCAAGUAUUCACAUGAGUUUGAAGAGAGUGGUGGUUUUGGAUGGAAAUAUGGAGCAGAACCCGAGCAUGACUGGAGCACCUUGAUGGCUAAUAAGGAUGCUGAGCUUAAUCGCCUUACAGGCAUCUACAAAAAUAUUUUGAAUAAUGCUGGAGUCACCUUAUUAGAAGGUCGAGGAAAGAUUGUGGAUCCACACACUGUUGAUGUGGAUGGGAAGCUUUACACUGCAAAGCACAUAUUAAUUGCAGUUGGAGGACGCCCUAGUAUCCCUGAUAUUCCUGGCAGCGAAUAUGCUAUAGAUUCUGAUAAGGCUCUUGAUUUACCGUCAAGACCAAAGAAAAUUGCAAUAAUUGGAGGAGGCUACAUUGCGCUCGAGUUUGCUGGCAUCUUCAAUGGUUUGAAAAGUGAAGUCCAUGCAUUCAUAAGGCAAAAGAAGGUUUUGAGAGGAUUCGAUGAAGAGAUUAGAGAUUUUGUUACAGAGCAAAUGGCAAUUAAAGGGAUUGAAUUCCAUCCAGAAGAGACACCUCAGGCUAUCCAGAAAUUGGCUGAUGGCUCUUUGUCAUUAAAGACCAAUAAAGGAACAAUUGAAGGUUUCUCUCAUGUCAUGUUUGCAACGGGCCGUAGACCCAACACUAAGAAUUUAGGCCUUGAAGCUGUAGGAGUAAAAAUGAGCAAGAAUGGAGCAAUAGAGGUUGAUGAAUACUCCUGUACCUCAGUACCAUCAAUUUGGGCUGUUGGAGAUGUUACAGAUAGAUUGAAUUUGACACCAGUUGCUUUGAUGGAGGGUGGGGCGCUAGCAAAGACCAUUUUUGCCAAUGAACCGACAAAACCUGAUUACAGGGCUGUGCCAUCUGCUGUCUUUUCCCAGCCACCCAUUGGACAAGUUGGCAUUUCAGAGGAACAGGCUGUGAAAGAAUAUGGUGACGUUGAUAUCUUCACCUCCAAUUUCAGACCAUUAAAGGCUACUCUUUCUGGACUUCCAGAUAGAGUUUUCAUGAAACUUAUUGUGUGUGCCAAGACCAACAAGGUUCUGGGAUUACAAAUGUGCGGAGAUGAUUCAGCCGAAAUUGUGCAGGGAUUUGCAGUGGCUAUAAAAGCUGGAUUGACGAAAGCAGAUUUUGAUGAUACGGUUGGUGUCCAUCCUACAACAGCUGAGGAACUGGUGACUAUGAGAACUCCAACUAGAAAGAUCCGGAGUAGCUCUUCACCUUAGAAAAAAAAAGAGAAAAGAGAAGGGUAAGGUUAAAGCUGCUGCAUAACCGUAUCUACUUUGAGGCGAGGUAAUUUAUAUUAUUUGCGUACCGAAUUUUGUUAUGAUUAUUUUUCUUUCUUUCAGUUGCGAGUUUGAUAGGAUAAUUAUUUUUUGAGGAAACUAUUAUAUAUUUCAUUAUGUGGAGUUUGAAAGUAAAUUUGUAUUUAUAAUAUAAGAUCAAAAUGACCUAUUUAAUGUUGGAAAUACACAAAUGGUAACUGGCUCACUUUAUCUU